CAUCAGCACCAUCAGCAUCAGCAGCAGGCAUCAAAACGAGCUCUUGUCGGGCUGCUUUACCCCCUACAUAAGACAUGGCGUCUGAAGAUCGAUCGAUGACAGACCGCUGAGGAAGAGGAGUGAGUGAUGGAGUCUCUGUUCGGGGGGGAGCUGGGAUUGCUAGGAGGAAAUGAGGGACUGAAAGAGGAUGGCUGCUGGGCGGGAUCACCCUUACCAGAGGACAUGUACUCGGCCUCCCACUUCGCCCUCAUCAGCGCUUACCAGGACAUCAAGACCCGACUGGCCGGCCUGGAGAGGGAGAACACCGACAUCAAAAGGAAGCUGAAGCUAUAUGAGAUAAAGUUUCCUAUGAUCAAUGACUUUGGCGAAGACAGGAACUCCUACUGCUCCUUCGAGCCCAAAGAUACAGCCCUGCUUCAGUCUGAGAAUGGCAAUCUUCAGCAGAGAAUCAACAUCCUCACUCACGAGCUUCAAAAGAGUAAGGAGCGGGAAGAGCAGCUGGAAGAUGUCAUUCAGGCUUAUGAGAAGAUACACAUGGAAAAGACUAAUCUCCAAAGAGACCUGGACAAGAUGACAUCUUUGGUGGAGAAACAUGUGGAGCGCAUCCACAAUCUGGAGGCUGCACUGAGACAGCGAGACAGCUCUCUACACAAAUUCAACACACAACUGCACAGCAAAGACAUGCAGUACCUGCAGCUACAUGCCAGUCCUGAUACUCACAGGCUUGACUGCCCAGCUUUGACCCUCCAGAGCUCCCGCAGUCUAGAUACUCUCUCAGACCUAAAACUCCAGCGGCUGGAGGCAGAGCUAGAAGGGGCACGGCAUGAGGCCCAAGGGGCAUGUCAGAGGGAGGAGGAGCUAAAGGCUGAAUGUGAAAGACUGCAAGAAGAGUUAAGAGAGCUUCAGAACAACCAGAGACAACAGGACGUGAGCUCCACUUGUGCCCAGUGUGACAUGGAAUGGAUAAAGAAGGUGGGAGAUGAACAAGUGAAUCUGGCUCUAGCCUACACUGAGCUGACUGAGGAGCUUAGCAGACUGCAGGCACUGACAACGAAACAGACCGAGAUCCUGAGGAAAGCCUCACAGGACGACACUAGCCCAGUUCAACGUCAUUCUCCUGUACCUCAUCAGAGGCACUCACCUGUUCCACAACGCCACUCCCCCAUCCAGCAACGCCACUCCCCCAUCCAACAGCGUCAUUCCCCGAUUCAGCAGCACCAUUCCCCGAUUCAGCAGCGUCGUUCUCCAGUGCUGCAGCGUCUCUCUCCGGACAUGCACCGCCGCUCACCCCUUCCCGAACUUAACGAUGGUCCGGCUUCCUACACCUGCAGACCCCCCACUCAGCACCUGAGGGCCAGUUUUCAAGGACGCCGCAGUUACUCAGAAGUUGCAGACCCUUCAGCCUAUCAACGUCCACCACGAUUCACCCUUGACCCAGUCUCCACUUUGCCUAAGCCUCGUCCUUAUGUUGAGAGCUACCAUAAACAGCAGCAGCAACAGCAACAACAGCAGCAGCAUGGCCAUAUGCUGGCCCAAAGGCGAAGCUCCCAGCCUGGGAUUCAGACCAUGGGAGGGGAAGGAGGUAUGGCUGAAUCCCCUAGACAUACCAGAGAGCUUUCUUUCCAGCAUGCAGAAUUGUCACAUCUGCAUUAUGAGUCGCAACCAUCUCCUGCAACACUACAUACCUCUGCCCAGCCACCACACUCUUCAGAGGAUGAGGAAGAGUGGACCUGCCCUCACCCCAUCAGUCCCCCACGAACACUGGGGACUUCUGGACCAACCGCCAGCAUGAGAGGCCCUGCUUCCUGUUCAGCUUUUCCUAUUCCAGCUCGCCCCAACACCUUAAGCUGCCACUCCCCUGGAUACCUGCAUGCAGAACAUGCCCAGUCCUGGCCUUCCAUUAAUCUGUGGAUAGAGACUGAGGAGGAGAGUGAAGUGAGGAGCUGCCCACUCUGUCAACUCAUCUUUCCUGUUGGUUACCCAGAUGAUGCCCUGAUCAAGCACAUUGACUCACACUUGGAGAACAGCAAAAUCUGAGACCACAAUUACCACACUUUACCUUAAACCCACUUUAACACUCAUUCAAAAUUUGAAUUUUAAAAUGAAACUUUUUUCAAUUCUGCCCACUAAGGAUAAGCAGAAUUGUAUGGGAUGUAAUGCCUGCGAUUAUAAUUAGAAACGGCACUACAACAACUUACAACACCUUCCUUACAACACCUUCCAAACAUAAUGUUGGCUUAAAUAAAUUCUUUUAACUACUAUCUAUUUGAACGCCAAAUCUCAGACAUCCCAAGCCGACUGUCCUUAGUAGACAUUAAAACAGUCACAAACCGAUAACCCGCAAUAACCACAUUGUUUCUCUGGCUCCAGCCAGACAUAUAAAAACCAUGAGGCAUUUUAUUUGAAUAAUUAAUUUCAGUUAUUUAUUUAUUUAAUUUUUUGCUGUGUUUGCUCAUUCUGUUAUUUGAAACUGUAAUUUCCCGUUCAGGUGCAUCCAAAAGACACACAAACAGUUAAACUUCAUAAUGACUGAAUAAAGUCUGUGUAAAUUUAGUGAAGACGGCGUCCUGCAGGGCAGGACAUCACGGCCUUUUAAGAAAGUGUCAAUAUAUUCUUCAGGCCGAUGACUACAUUUGUAUGUAAGUCUAAAUUUCAGCACUUUAUAUAAACUCUUCAUUUUCAAUUUAAAUAUUACUAACACUAAGGCAAAAACAUACAGUAUAGAUUUUAUUUAUUUUUAAUAUUCUUAAAAACUCUCUUAAUUACACCUUGGACUGACAGAAUGUCCCUUUAACAAAAAUAGACAUAUUGAUGUAUGUAGUACAUUAUAUAAAAACGCAUAAUAUGUCAACUUGGAACUGCAUCCAUUGUUUGUCUUCCUGUAUACAAAGUUCUAUAAUAAAGAAAUUAAAGUAAAAAAAAAAAAAGAAUACUAACAGAACAUAAAAUCCAUGAUUCUAACAAUUCCAAGCAAACAACAGCUGCUGAUACCUAACUAAAGAGCAAUGAAUAUCACUCAUACUGCAUCAUAUUAAUCAUACUUGGAUGAAGGACUUGAAGGGUGGUUUGAAGGGUUUUACGUUCCUAGACGUAACAAGACUAAAAAUGAUGAUGUUUAAUGCAGCAUUAAUAUGACUUUCAUGGUUAUUCCACUUACUGCACAAACAUCGUCUUUUUCCUAAAGAGUCAGCACCCUGAAGCUGACUCAUUUUCCAGUGAAUUAAUCAGUUAUUAGUAUGGAUGCAUCUAAGAUGUACUUGACGAAAUAAGGAUCCUUUUUUUGACCAAAUUUCAGAGCUGUUGUAUCGAAAUGCUUUAUGUACUAUAAAUGUACUUGAUCUGUAUUUAAAACUAUUUAAGUGUAUUAAAUUGUAAAAUUUCUUAUGUAUAUAGAUAGACAUAUUGCAAGCCCGAGGUGGAGGAAAUAGCUUCUGAACAGCAAAAAGAAAGUUUGCUACAGGAACCAUGAAUUACAUGCCAAGGCAAAGACAAGGAUGCAGUUAAUUAUUUCCAUCUCUGGAUGCUCUGUCUAGAAUGGGUCCCUUUUUGUGCAGUUCAAUUACCAGUGUGAGUAAAUGCCAGUAGACAUAACUGCUAAAGAGACAAAGGACAGGGUGUCCCAAAAUUCAAAAUACAUAGAGGAAAUGAACAACUUUUACCAAACUGAAUAUUAUUAUUUUUUUAAUGACAAAAGAAGAUGGCAGUGUAUUAAUUUUCAUGGCCAUAGUGUACAAGGACAAGAUACAGAACAGAGAUCAAGUAUAGAAGCGCAUCAAAAGUGAAAUCAUAACUCCGGACGUGUUAACACAAGUUUGUCACAAUUGAGAGAAAUGACUGUGUGUUUCAACACAGAAAUGGCAAUCAUGUAGAGGGUGAUUCGAAGGGGAAAAAAAUCAAAAUUUCCUAUGUAUAGAGACUUUUGGGACACCCUGUAGAACAUUGUAAUCACAUCUGUAAAGCCUAAUUCACACACCCAGAUAUAGAUAUAAGCAGACUCCGGCUGUCACAUGGCAAGGAAAGACCGCUGGUCUAAAUGCACUGGCACACUUAUAAAAAGAAAAUUAUGAAAGACAGUUUAGUAGCCCCAUGGCGGAGAAAUACACUGUUUAUCAUGUUUUAUUAAGAUGACGAGUUAGUGUGGUGAUAUGAACAUUCAAGAAACAGUACGCAGUGAUCGUCAACGAAAUAGAUCGAGGAAAAAUAGGUUUAUAUCUUGACUAAAAACUAUGACCAACUUCCAAUCAAGCAUAUCAUCUUCAUAUUGGGUAAAGUGCAAAACCUAAUGUUUUUAUCUUGUGGCUAGGUUGUGCAGACCGGUGCAUGUGCAGGGUGACUGCUAUACAAUCACACAACACCACAUACAAUUCUCACAAAUUUUUAAAGCUCAGAGUCCAACAGUGUAGAAACAAAGCAAAUUGUAAGCCAUUAUUCACAAGAGUUAACUCGGGAGUUAUUUAAAGAGCUAUUGCUGAUGUUUCUCAUCCUUAAACCUUACUUCUCAGUUAAAAAAAAAUAAAAAUGCAAGUCCUCUCUGGAUCUUCUUCUCUUCUAGCCCUGUCGUUUGGUGUGUGACUACUUUGUGAUAUUUUUAAAUAACUCAGGGGACAAGACUUUGUGAAUAUGGCUUCUGUUAUCAUGUACUGCAAAAUAUCAUUCACAGGAACAGAGCGAUCAGUCGCCAAAUCUGUGAGAGCAGAGAGAGCACUAAAGAGUUAGAUAGUCAUAGACAUAUUUUUGUGAUAGAAAGGAUUGACCUCAAGAAUUCUAUAAAAAUAAAUAUUUAAAAUAAAUGUAUAAUGUGGCAUAUUUUAUUGUUUCUGUAAAUAAAAUGGUAAAUAAAAUGGAACAUGCACUCA